AUGGCCGACGCUCCCAACAACAACGGCGCGAACAGUGACCGCAGACGGUCCUCCGGCGCUACAAAAUUCGCGAAUCUCCACGCCUUCAAGCGUGACCCGGCCAACGACAACGCCGCCCAGCGCCGCUCCAGCUUCGCGGACCAGGCCCAGAAGCCUGGCGUCCUUGGGCAGAUGUGGAACAAUUGGACGAGAGGCCCGAGUAGCUCGAAGUAG